GACACCAACGGUGACCGUGGUGAGAGGAGCACCAGGAAGGGAUGUUGUGUUCUUGCUGGAUGGCUCUGACGGUACUAGAACUGGAUUCCCAGCUAUGCGAGACUUUGUUGAAAGAGUAGUGCAGACACUCAGUGUGGAUGACAACAAAGACCGCGUGUCAGUGGUUCAGUACAGCAGAGACCCAGCUGUCCAGUUCUACCUGAACACGUAUCCAACAAAGAGCCAGAUCCUUGACACCGUCAGAGGUUUGAGGCACAAAGGCGGACGACCGCUCAACACUGGAGCCGCUCUGCAGUACUUGAGGGAUAACGUCUUCACGGCCUCUGCUGGAAGCAGGCGCCUGGACGGCGUUCCACAGCUCCUGAUUCUGCUGAAUGGCGGCAGGUCGUUUGACAGUGUGGAUGCGCCAGCCUCUGCCCUCAAACAGUUGGGCGUGUCCACCUUUGCAAUCGGAACCAGGGGCUCUGAUAGCAGAGAACUGCAGAGGAUAUCUCAGGACCCAAGUCGUGCUCUGGCUGUGUCUGACUUUACUGACCUCCCCGAUGUCCAACAGCAACUGCAGACUUUGGUGGAGUCUGUGGCAACGGACGUCCUCCCAGGAGCACCAACUGCACCUGCUGACACUGCCAAAAGGGACAUUGUAUUCCUCCUGGAUGGUUCUGAUGGCUCAAGGAAUGGCUUCCCUGCCAUGCGCGAGUUUGUUGAGCGAGAGGUGGAGAAACUGAAUGUGGGAGACAACAAGGACCGUGUCUCUGUGGUGCAGUACAGCCGAGACGCGGAGGUCCAUUUCUAUCUGAACACAUACAACACAAAAGAGGAUGUUGUUGAUUCCAUCAGAGGGCUCAGACACAGAGGAGGAAGACCCCUGAACACCGGGGCCGCCCUCCAGUAUGUCAGGGACAACGUCUUUACUAACUCCUCAGGGAGCAGGCGUACGCAAGGUGUUCCACAAAUGUUGAUCCUGCUGACCGGGGGACGGUCCUCUGACAAUGUCGACAGCCCAGCCUCUGCCCUCAAGCAGCAGGGCAUCUUUGUCACGGGCAUUGGCACCAGGGGCUCUGACAGUGGAGAGCUGCAGAAGAUAUCGUAUGAACCGGAGUAUGCUCUGUCAGUGUCGGACUUCAACGACCUCCCCAGUGUCCAGGAACAGCUGUCCACUGUCUUGAGCAAAGUUGUAGUGAGGGCCACGCCCUUGACACCAACGGUGACCGUGGUGAGAGGAGCACCAGGAAGGGAUGUUGUGUUCUUGCUGGAUGGCUCUGACGGUACUAGAACUGGAUUCCCAGCUAUGCGAGACUUUGUUGAAAGAGUAGUGCAGACACUCAGUGUGGAUGACAACAAAGACCGCGUGUCAGUGGUUCAGUACAGCAGAGACCCAGCUGUCCAGUUCUACCUGAACACGUAUCCAACAAAGAGCCAGAUCCUUGACACCGUCAGAGGUUUGAGGCACAAAGGCGGACGACCGCUCAACACUGGAGCCGCUCUGCAGUACUUGAGGGAUAACGUCUUCACGGCCUCUGCUGGAAGCAGGCGCCUGGACGGCGUUCCACAGCUCCUGAUUCUGCUGAAUGGCGGCAGGUCGUUUGACAGUGUGGAUGCGCCAGCCUCUGCCCUCAAACAGUUGGGCGUGUCCACCUUUGCAAUCGGAACCAGGGGCUCUGAUAGCAGAGAACUGCAGAGGAUAUCUCAGGACCCAAGUCGUGCUCUGGCUGUGUCUGACUUUACUGACCUCCCCGAUGUCCAACAGCAACUGCAGACUUUGGUGGAGUCUGUGGCAACGGACGUCCUCCCAGGAGCACCAACUGCACCUGCUGACACUGCCAAAAGGGACAUUGUAUUCCUCCUGGAUGGUUCUGAUGGCUCAAGGAAUGGCUUCCCUGCCAUGCGCGAGUUUGUUGAGCGAGAGGUGGAGAAACUGAAUGUGGGAGACAACAAGGACCGUGUCUCUGUGGUGCAGUACAGCCGAGACGCGGAGGUCCAUUUCUAUCUGAACACAUACAACACAAAAGAGGAUGUUGUUGAUUCCAUCAGAGGGCUCAGACACAGAGGAGGAAGACCCCUGAACACCGGGGCCGCCCUCCAGUAUGUCAGGGACAACGUCUUUACUAACUCCUCAGGGAGCAGGCGUACGCAAGGUGUUCCACAAAUGUUGAUCCUGCUGACCGGGGGACGGUCCUCUGACAAUGUCGACAGCCCAGCCUCUGCCCUCAAGCAGCAGGGCAUCUUUGUCACGGGCAUUGGCACCAGGGGCUCUGACAGUGGAGAGCUGCAGAAGAUAUCGUAUGAACCGGAGUAUGCUCUGUCAGUGUCGGACUUCAACGACCUCCCCAGUGUCCAGGAACAGCUGUCCACUGUCUUGAGCAAAGUUGUAGUGAGGGCCACGCCCUUGACACCAACGGUGACCGUGGUGAGAGGAGCACCAGGAAGGGAUGUUGUGUUCUUGCUGGAUGGCUCUGACGGUACUAGAACUGGAUUCCCAGCUAUGCGAGACUUUGUUGAAAGAGUAGUGCAGACACUCAGUGUGGAUGACAACAAAGACCGCGUGUCAGUGGUUCAGUACAGCAGAGACCCAGCUGUCCAGUUCUACCUGAACACGUAUCCAACAAAGAGCCAGAUCCUUGACACCGUCAGAGGUUUGAGGCACAAAGGCGGACGACCGCUCAACACUGGAGCCGCUCUGCAGUACUUGAGGGAUAACGUCUUCACGGCCUCUGCUGGAAGCAGGCGCCUGGACGGCGUUCCACAGCUCCUGAUUCUGCUGAAUGGCGGCAGGUCGUUUGACAGUGUGGAUGCGCCAGCCUCUGCCCUCAAACAGUUGGGCGUGUCCACCUUUGCAAUCGGAACCAGGGGCUCUGAUAGCAGAGAACUGCAGAGGAUAUCUCAGGACCCAAGUCGUGCUCUGGCUGUGUCUGACUUUACUGACCUCCCCGAUGUCCAACAGCAACUGCAGACUUUGGUGGAGUCUGUGGCAACGGACGUCCUCCCAGGAGCACCAACUGCACCUGCUGACACUGCCAAAAGGGACAUUGUAUUCCUCCUGGAUGGUUCUGAUGGCUCAAGGAAUGGCUUCCCUGCCAUGCGCGAGUUUGUUGAGCGAGAGGUGGAGAAACUGAAUGUGGGAGACAACAAGGACCGUGUCUCUGUGGUGCAGUACAGCCGAGACGCGGAGGUCCAUUUCUAUCUGAACACAUACAACACAAAAGAGGAUGUUGUUGAUUCCAUCAGAGGGCUCAGACACAGAGGAGGAAGACCCCUGAACACCGGGGCCGCCCUCCAGUAUGUCAGGGACAACGUCUUUACUAACUCCUCAGGGAGCAGGCGUACGCAAGGUGUUCCACAAAUGUUGAUCCUGCUGACCGGGGGACGGUCCUCUGACAAUGUCGACAGCCCAGCCUCUGCCCUCAAGCAGCAGGGCAUCUUUGUCACGGGCAUUGGCACCAGGGGCUCUGACAGUGGAGAGCUGCAGAAGAUAUCGUAUGAACCGGAGUAUGCUCUGUCAGUGUCGGACUUCAACGACCUCCCCAGUGUCCAGGAACAGCUGUCCACUGUCUUGAGCAAAGUUGUAGUGAGGGCCACGCCCUUGACACCAACGGUGACCGUGGUGAGAGGAGCACCAGGAAGGGAUGUUGUGUUCUUGCUGGAUGGCUCUGACGGUACUAGAACUGGAUUCCCAGCUAUGCGAGACUUUGUUGAAAGAGUAGUGCAGACACUCAGUGUGGAUGACAACAAAGACCGCGUGUCAGUGGUUCAGUACAGCAGAGACCCAGCUGUCCAGUUCUACCUGAACACGUAUCCAACAAAGAGCCAGAUCCUUGACACCGUCAGAGGUUUGAGGCACAAAGGCGGACGACCGCUCAACACUGGAGCCGCUCUGCAGUACUUGAGGGAUAACGUCUUCACGGCCUCUGCUGGAAGCAGGCGCCUGGACGGCGUUCCACAGCUCCUGAUUCUGCUGAAUGGCGGCAGGUCGUUUGACAGUGUGGAUGCGCCAGCCUCUGCCCUCAAACAGUUGGGCGUGUCCACCUUUGCAAUCGGAACCAGGGGCUCUGAUAGCAGAGAACUGCAGAGGAUAUCUCAGGACCCAAGUCGUGCUCUGGCUGUGUCUGACUUUACUGACCUCCCCGAUGUCCAACAGCAACUGCAGACUUUGGUGGAGUCUGUGGCAACGGACGUCCUCCCAGGAGCACCAACUGCACCUGCUGACACUGCCAAAAGGGACAUUGUAUUCCUCCUGGAUGGUUCUGAUGGCUCAAGGAAUGGCUUCCCUGCCAUGCGCGAGUUUGUUGAGCGAGAGGUGGAGAAACUGAAUGUGGGAGACAACAAGGACCGUGUCUCUGUGGUGCAGUACAGCCGAGACGCGGAGGUCCAUUUCUAUCUGAACACAUACAACACAAAAGAGGAUGUUGUUGAUUCCAUCAGAGGGCUCAGACACAGAGGAGGAAGACCCCUGAACACCGGGGCCGCCCUCCAGUAUGUCAGGGACAACGUCUUUACUAACUCCUCAGGGAGCAGGCGUACGCAAGGUGUUCCACAAAUGUUGAUCCUGCUGACCGGGGGACGGUCCUCUGACAAUGUCGACAGCCCAGCCUCUGCCCUCAAGCAGCAGGGCAUCUUUGUCACGGGCAUUGGCACCAGGGGCUCUGACAGUGGAGAGCUGCAGAAGAUAUCGUAUGAACCGGAGUAUGCUCUGUCAGUGUCGGACUUCAACGACCUCCCCAGUGUCCAGGAACAGCUGUCCACUGUCUUGAGCAAAGUUGUAGUGAGGGCCACGCCCUUGACACCAACGGUGACCGUGGUGAGAGGAGCACCAGGAAGGGAUGUUGUGUUCUUGCUGGAUGGCUCUGACGGUACUAGAACUGGAUUCCCAGCUAUGCGAGACUUUGUUGAAAGAGUAGUGCAGACACUCAGUGUGGAUGACAACAAAGACCGCGUGUCAGUGGUUCAGUACAGCAGAGACCCAGCUGUCCAGUUCUACCUGAACACGUAUCCAACAAAGAGCCAGAUCCUUGACACCGUCAGAGGUUUGAGGCACAAAGGCGGACGACCGCUCAACACUGGAGCCGCUCUGCAGUACUUGAGGGAUAACGUCUUCACGGCCUCUGCUGGAAGCAGGCGCCUGGACGGCGUUCCACAGCUCCUGAUUCUGCUGAAUGGCGGCAGGUCGUUUGACAGUGUGGAUGCGCCAGCCUCUGCCCUCAAACAGUUGGGCGUGUCCACCUUUGCAAUCGGAACCAGGGGCUCUGAUAGCAGAGAACUGCAGAGGAUAUCUCAGGACCCAAGUCGUGCUCUGGCUGUGUCUGACUUUACUGACCUCCCCGAUGUCCAACAGCAACUGCAGACUUUGGUGGAGUCUGUGGCAACGGACGUCCUCCCAGGAGCACCAACUGCACCUGCUGACACUGCCAAAAGGGACAUUGUAUUCCUUCUGGAUGGUUCUGAUGGCUCAAGGAAUGGCUUCCCUGCCAUGCGCGAGUUUGUUGAGCGAGAGGUGGAGAAACUGAAUGUGGGAGACAACAAGGACCGUGUCUCUGUGGUGCAGUACAGCCGAGACGCGGAGGUCCAUUUCUAUCUGAACACAUACAACACAAAAGAGGAUGUUGUUGAUUCCAUCAGAGGGCUCAGACACAGAGGAGGAAGACCCCUGAACACCGGGGCCGCCCUCCAGUAUGUCAGGGACAACGUCUUUACUAACUCCUCAGGGAGCAGGCGUACGCAAGGUGUUCCACAAAUGUUGAUCCUGCUGACCGGGGGACGGUCCUCUGACAAUGUCGACAGCCCAGCCUCUGCCCUCAAGCAGCAGGGCAUCUUUGUCACGGGCAUUGGCACCAGGGGCUCUGACAGUGGAGAGCUGCAGAAGAUAUCGUAUGAACCGGAGUAUGCUCUGUCAGUGUCGGACUUCAACGACCUCCCCAGUGUCCAGGAACAGCUGUCCACUGUCUUGAGCAAAGUUGUAGUGAGGGCCACGCCCUUGACACCAACGGUGACCGUGGUGAGAGGAGCACCAGGAAGGGAUGUUGUGUUCUUGCUGGAUGGCUCUGACGGUACUAGAACUGGAUUCCCAGCUAUGCGAGACUUUGUUGAAAGAGUAGUGCAGACACUCAGUGUGGAUGACAACAAAGACCGCGUGUCAGUGGUUCAGUACAGCAGAGACCCAGCUGUCCAGUUCUACCUGAACACGUAUCCAACAAAGAGCCAGAUCCUUGACACCGUCAGAGGUUUGAGGCACAAAGGCGGACGACCGCUCAACACUGGAGCCGCUCUGCAGUACUUGAGGGAUAACGUCUUCACGGCCUCUGCUGGAAGCAGGCGCCUGGACGGCGUUCCACAGCUCCUGAUUCUGCUGAAUGGCGGCAGGUCGUUUGACAGUGUGGAUGCGCCAGCCUCUGCCCUCAAACAGUUGGGCGUGUCCACCUUUGCAAUCGGAACCAGGGGCUCUGAUAGCAGAGAACUGCAGAGGAUAUCUCAGGACCCAAGUCGUGCUCUGGCUGUGUCUGACUUUACUGACCUCCCCGAUGUCCAACAGCAACUGCAGACUUUGGUGGAGUCUGUGGCAACGGACGUCCUCCCAGGAGCACCAACUGCACCUGCUGACACUGCCAAAAGGGACAUUGUAUUCCUCCUGGAUGGUUCUGAUGGCUCAAGGAAUGGCUUCCCUGCCAUGCGCGAGUUUGUUGAGCGAGAGGUGGAGAAACUGAAUGUGGGAGACAACAAGGACCGUGUCUCUGUGGUGCAGUACAGCCGAGACGCGGAGGUCCAUUUCUAUCUGAACACAUACAACACAAAAGAGGAUGUUGUUGAUUCCAUCAGAGGGCUCAGACACAGAGGAGGAAGACCCCUGAACACCGGGGCCGCCCUCCAGUAUGUCAGGGACAACGUCUUUACUAACUCCUCAGGGAGCAGGCGUACGCAAGGUGUUCCACAAAUGUUGAUCCUGCUGACCGGGGGACGGUCCUCUGACAAUGUCGACAGCCCAGCCUCUGCCCUCAAGCAGCAGGGCAUCUUUGUCACGGGCAUUGGCACCAGGGGCUCUGACAGUGGAGAGCUGCAGAAGAUAUCGUAUGAACCGGAGUAUGCUCUGUCAGUGUCGGACUUCAACGACCUCCCCAGUGUCCAGGAACAGCUGUCCACUGUCUUGAGCAAAGUUGUAGUGAGGGCCACGCCCUUGACACCAACGGUGACCGUGGUGAGAGGAGCACCAGGAAGGGAUGUUGUGUUCUUGCUGGAUGGCUCUGACGGUACUAGAACUGGAUUCCCAGCUAUGCGAGACUUUGUUGAAAGAGUAGUGCAGACACUCAGUGUGGAUGACAACAAAGACCGCGUGUCAGUGGUUCAGUACAGCAGAGACCCAGCUGUCCAGUUCUACCUGAACACGUAUCCAACAAAGAGCCAGAUCCUUGACACCGUCAGAGGUUUGAGGCACAAAGGCGGACGACCGCUCAACACUGGAGCCGCUCUGCAGUACUUGAGGGAUAACGUCUUCACGGCCUCUGCUGGAAGCAGGCGCCUGGACGGCGUUCCACAGCUCCUGAUUCUGCUGAAUGGCGGCAGGUCGUUUGACAGUGUGGAUGCGCCAGCCUCUGCCCUCAAACAGUUGGGCGUGUCCACCUUUGCAAUCGGAACCAGGGGCUCUGAUAGCAGAGAACUGCAGAGGAUAUCUCAGGACCCAAGUCGUGCUCUGGCUGUGUCUGACUUUACUGACCUCCCCGAUGUCCAACAGCAACUGCAGACUUUGGUGGAGUCUGUGGCAACGGACGUCCUCCCAGGAGCACCAACUGCACCUGCUGACACUGCCAAAAGGGACAUUGUAUUCCUCCUGGAUGGUUCUGAUGGCUCAAGGAAUGGCUUCCCUGCCAUGCGCGAGUUUGUUGAGCGAGAGGUGGAGAAACUGAAUGUGGGAGACAACAAGGACCGUGUCUCUGUGGUGCAGUACAGCCGAGACGCGGAGGUCCAUUUCUAUCUGAACACAUACAACACAAAAGAGGAUGUUGUUGAUUCCAUCAGAGGGCUCAGACACAGAGGAGGAAGACCCCUGAACACCGGGGCCGCCCUCCAGUAUGUCAGGGACAACGUCUUUACUAACUCCUCAGGGAGCAGGCGUACGCAAGGUGUUCCACAAAUGUUGAUCCUGCUGACCGGGGGACGGUCCUCUGACAAUGUCGACAGCCCAGCCUCUGCCCUCAAGCAGCAGGGCAUCUUUGUCACGGGCAUUGGCACCAGGGGCUCUGACAGUGGAGAGCUGCAGAAGAUAUCGUAUGAACCGGAGUAUGCUCUGUCAGUGUCGGACUUCAACGACCUCCCCAGUGUCCAGGAACAGCUGUCCACUGUCUUGAGCAAAGUUGUAGUGAGGGCCACGCCCUUGACACCAACGGUGACCGUGGUGAGAGGAGCACCAGGAAGGGAUGUUGUGUUCUUGCUGGAUGGCUCUGACGGUACUAGAACUGGAUUCCCAGCUAUGCGAGACUUUGUUGAAAGAGUAGUGCAGACACUCAGUGUGGAUGACAACAAAGACCGCGUGUCAGUGGUUCAGUACAGCAGAGACCCAGCUGUCCAGUUCUACCUGAACACGUAUCCAACAAAGAGCCAGAUCCUUGACACCGUCAGAGGUUUGAGGCACAAAGGCGGACGACCGCUCAACACUGGAGCCGCUCUGCAGUACUUGAGGGAUAACGUCUUCACGGCCUCUGCUGGAAGCAGGCGCCUGGACGGCGUUCCACAGCUCCUGAUUCUGCUGAAUGGCGGCAGGUCGUUUGACAGUGUGGAUGCGCCAGCCUCUGCCCUCAAACAGUUGGGCGUGUCCACCUUUGCAAUCGGAACCAGGGGCUCUGAUAGCAGAGAACUGCAGAGGAUAUCUCAGGACCCAAGUCGUGCUCUGGCUGUGUCUGACUUUACUGACCUCCCCGAUGUCCAACAGCAACUGCAGACUUUGGUGGAGUCUGUGGCAACGGACGUCCUCCCAGGAGCACCAACUGCACCUGCUGACACUGCCAAAAGGGACAUUGUAUUCCUCCUGGAUGGUUCUGAUGGCUCAAGGAAUGGCUUCCCUGCCAUGCGCGAGUUUGUUGAGCGAGAGGUGGAGAAACUGAAUGUGGGAGACAACAAGGACCGUGUCUCUGUGGUGCAGUACAGCCGAGACGCGGAGGUCCAUUUCUAUCUGAACACAUACAACACAAAAGAGGAUGUUGUUGAUUCCAUCAGAGGGCUCAGACACAGAGGAGGAAGACCCCUGAACACCGGGGCCGCCCUCCAGUAUGUCAGGGACAACGUCUUUACUAACUCCUCAGGGAGCAGGCGUACGCAAGGUGUUCCACAAAUGUUGAUCCUGCUGACCGGGGGACGGUCCUCUGACAAUGUCGACAGCCCAGCCUCUGCCCUCAAGCAGCAGGGCAUCUUUGUCACGGGCAUUGGCACCAGGGGCUCUGACAGUGGAGAGCUGCAGAAGAUAUCGUAUGAACCGGAGUAUGCUCUGUCAGUGUCGGACUUCAACGACCUCCCCAGUGUCCAGGAACAGCUGUCCACUGUCUUGAGCAAAGUUGUAGUGAGGGCCACGCCCUUGACACCAACGGUGACCGUGGUGAGAGGAGCACCAGGAAGGGAUGUUGUGUUCUUGCUGGAUGGCUCUGACGGUACUAGAACUGGAUUCCCAGCUAUGCGAGACUUUGUUGAAAGAGUAGUGCAGACACUCAGUGUGGAUGACAACAAAGACCGCGUGUCAGUGGUUCAGUACAGCAGAGACCCAGCUGUCCAGUUCUACCUGAACACGUAUCCAACAAAGAGCCAGAUCCUUGACACCGUCAGAGGUUUGAGGCACAAAGGCGGACGACCGCUCAACACUGGAGCCGCUCUGCAGUACUUGAGGGAUAACGUCUUCACGGCCUCUGCUGGAAGCAGGCGCCUGGACGGCGUUCCACAGCUCCUGAUUCUGCUGAAUGGCGGCAGGUCGUUUGACAGUGUGGAUGCGCCAGCCUCUGCCCUCAAACAGUUGGGCGUGUCCACCUUUGCAAUCGGAACCAGGGGCUCUGAUAGCAGAGAACUGCAGAGGAUAUCUCAGGACCCAAGUCGUGCUCUGGCUGUGUCUGACUUUACUGACCUCCCCGAUGUCCAACAGCAACUGCAGACUUUGGUGGAGUCUGUGGCAACGGACGUCCUCCCAGGAGCACCAACUGCACCUGCUGACACUGCCAAAAGGGACAUUGUAUUCCUCCUGGAUGGUUCUGAUGGCUCAAGGAAUGGCUUCCCUGCCAUGCGCGAGUUUGUUGAGCGAGAGGUGGAGAAACUGAAUGUGGGAGACAACAAGGACCGUGUCUCUGUGGUGCAGUACAGCCGAGACGCGGAGGUCCAUUUCUAUCUGAACACAUACAACACAAAAGAGGAUGUUGUUGAUUCCAUCAGAGGGCUCAGACACAGAGGAGGAAGACCCCUGAACACCGGGGCCGCCCUCCAGUAUGUCAGGGACAACGUCUUUACUAACUCCUCAGGGAGCAGGCGUACGCAAGGUGUUCCACAAAUGUUGAUCCUGCUGACCGGGGGACGGUCCUCUGACAAUGUCGACAGCCCAGCCUCUGCCCUCAAGCAGCAGGGCAUCUUUGUCACGGGCAUUGGCACCAGGGGCUCUGACAGUGGAGAGCUGCAGAAGAUAUCGUAUGAACCGGAGUAUGCUCUGUCAGUGUCGGACUUCAACGACCUCCCCAGUGUCCAGGAACAGCUGUCCACUGUCUUGAGCAAAGUUGUAGUGAGGGCCACGCCCUUGACACCAACGGUGACCGUGGUGAGAGGAGCACCAGGAAGGGAUGUUGUGUUCUUGCUGGAUGGCUCUGACGGUACUAGAACUGGAUUCCCAGCUAUGCGAGACUUUGUUGAAAGAGUAGUGCAGACACUCAGUGUGGAUGACAACAAAGACCGCGUGUCAGUGGUUCAGUACAGCAGAGACCCAGCUGUCCAGUUCUACCUGAACACGUAUCCAACAAAGAGCCAGAUCCUUGACACCGUCAGAGGUUUGAGGCACAAAGGCGGACGACCGCUCAACACUGGAGCCGCUCUGCAGUACUUGAGGGAUAACGUCUUCACGGCCUCUGCUGGAAGCAGGCGCCUGGACGGCGUUCCACAGCUCCUGAUUCUGCUGAAUGGCGGCAGGUCGUUUGACAGUGUGGAUGCGCCAGCCUCUGCCCUCAAACAGUUGGGCGUGUCCACCUUUGCAAUCGGAACCAGGGGCUCUGAUAGCAGAGAACUGCAGAGGAUAUCUCAGGACCCAAGUCGUGCUCUGGCUGUGUCUGACUUUACUGACCUCCCCGAUGUCCAACAGCAACUGCAGACUUUGGUGGAGUCUGUGGCAACGGACGUCCUCCCAGGAGCACCAACUGCACCUGGUAUGUUGUCAAGCACGGCUGAUGGCCGGCCCGAGGGGCUUGCACGAUGUAGUCUUGAGCGGAGUUGCGAAGACGAGUCAGAGUAGCACACCUGCGUAGCUUCGUAGGUGCGACAUGAGAGGUCGCAGUAGCUGCCAGACUGACACUUUAGAAUAGCAUAAGCAGGUUGAGUUUAGACUUCACCAUUUCUGCCUAUGCAGUUAGGCCGCGAGCGUGCUGUU